AUGGACAGACAAACACAUUGGUUUCUGUUGGGCAUUAUUGCCUCAGCCUUUGUUACUUGCCGCGGGGAAACUUGUCAUGUUCAACCUGAAUGCAGCUGUUCAAAAACUGACGGAAGCUUUAUUAUAUGCAGUUCACUGUGCGGACCGUAUAUACCAAAGUUUGGUUCAUCCACUGUGCAGUUUGACAAGUUAAGUGUAGGCUAUAGCCGUGAAACGACAAGUAUACGUGAUGGGACAUUCGGUGAGCUGAAAGUGAAAAGACUGUACAUUACACAGACGGGUAUCGAUGAGAUCGGCUGUCAGGCUUUUGCUGGACUAGACUUGGGACUGGAAACCAUAUCCUUGCAUGAUAACUAUUUGAACAACGUACCAAACUGUAGUUUGGCCCGGUUUAAAUCUGUCACAGAUCUAAACUUGGCGCACAACCGUAUAGCUUCAAUUCCGGCUGACAGUUUUGCGAGUUUUACCCUUCUCCAAAGUUUGAGAUUGCAACUAAACAGGAUUGCAUCCAUUGAACCGGGAGCCUUUCGCGGACUUGGAAAACUGACUACUUUAUACUUGUAUAACAACGAACUGGUCUACCUCGAUGCAUCAACCUUCAUGGGAGCGGAUUCACUGACGACUUUACAACUUUCCAACAACAACAUUUCUUCUAUCCAUGUUAGGGCGUUCGAUGGUUUGGGGAAAUUGACAAAACUCGACAUAAAUGUUAACAAUCUGACACAUCUAGACAGUACUGUGUUUGACACGACGGGUGAGUUGCUGUAUUUGUACAUGGACAACAACGAUUUAACGGAGCUCGGAAACACACUCUUCUUGAAAUCAAAAAAACUACGUCACUUCUCCGCCAGGAACAACAAAAUCAAGAGCAUUUCCGAUGCGACAUUCACUGGACUAGAUAAGCUCCAGUCAUUGUAUUUAGACAACAACUGGCUUAAAGAUCUUCGCCAACAGUGGUUUACGGAUACCAUAACACUGAAUACCCUAAGACUUUCCAGAAAUAACAUUACUGAGGUCAACAAAGGAACCUUUCAAACUUUGGGGAAUCUUACAGACUUGCGUUUAGGGCAUAAUGAAAUCAGGGUAAUCGAGAAAAACGUGUUCAAAGGAUUGAGCAAAGUCAACACAAUAUUUCUGAACAACAACAGACUGAUGGAGAUCAGAAAAGAUACCUUCAUUCAUUGCCCGGAAAUUUCCAGGAUAGACUUAAGCUUCAACAUUAUCCAAGACGUGCAUCAAGGUUCCUUUCGGAAUUUGCCCCGCCUUUAUCUAAUCGACUUGAGCGGUAACCGUAUCACACAGAUUGUCACCGGAACAUUCUCCAACGUCUCAGGACUCACCACUCUAAGUCUGAACGACAAUCGUGUGUCUUCCAUAAGCGAAAGAUUGUUCGAGAAUAUGGAACCAUCUUUGCGUACUUUGGAGUUAAGAAACAAUGGGUGGUCUUCAAGCUCUUUGAUUUGGUUUGCAAAAGUAAUGGUUAACCUGACCAGAUUGAAUACCCUGGAUUUAUCCAAUAAUCCUUUAUCCACCAUUCCCACUGAUGUACUACCCACCCUAGAGAACAUAGAUACUGUGAAGAUGAGAAACUGUAGUAUUCAGUUUAUAACAAAUGAUUCUGUAAGUAUCUUUAAUUACAAAUGGGAUGUCAGGGAAAAUACAAUAAGUACAUACACAUCCAUUCAAGAUGCUUACAUUUACGGUAAUAUUAAUGUUUCGCAUAAUCUAAUUCCAGCGUUAAACGUCGACGUUUUGGACGGAUACCGGUAUGGUGGUAUUAUAGCUGACAACAACAAAAUUCAGAAUGGCUUCACGCUAACACUACUAAGGUCUUACAUAUCUAGGCUUUCGAUUUCUUUAAGGAACAAUCUGAUAGAGAAAGGUAUUCAGAUUUCUGCCUUAGAUGUAACACCUAGUAGUGUUAGGGUUAGAAUCCAAACCCUUGAUCUUUCUAACAACAAAUUUACAAAAGUAAACCUAUUUCCAGUAAAACUUUUACAUCAGUUGUCUUGGAAUCCAUGUAACUCUUCCUUUGGUAGUCAGUUGACAGUGAGAACACUGAACCUAUCUAAUAACGCCAUCUCUGUAAUAUCAGCUGCCGCUUGCCUGGGAUCCGUUUACACCCUCGACCUUCGAAACAAUCACUUGGAGGUUUUGGGUGAUUUCCUGACCUCUCCAAGCUUCAGAAUGAACAAUCUUUAUCUCUCUGGAAACAGAAUCCACCGUGUCUCUCCGAAUGCCUUUAGCGGCAUAACGAAGUAUUACUUUACACUUGAUCUGCGGGAUAACAAGCUGGUUGGUUUAGAAAAUAUCCAACCCAUUAUGGAGAAAUUCCAGUCUCUAAGACUGUCCCUAUCUGGCAACCCUUUGGUUUGUGGAUGUGAGAUUGACUGGUUAAGAAAUGAUUCAAUCCGACAAAAAGUGGACUCCGUUCGCUGCCAAACUCCAAGAAGUGCAUUCAGGUAUCUAGCCUGGUGUUUUCCUCUUACUGGUUGCCAGGGCACGCUGCCGAUGAGUUUCACAGAGGCAACCAGGAAGAUAUGUGAAAUGGAUUCAAACCUAGAACUUUCAAAUUUGUCAGUUACUGCAUCCAAAGGCGUUACUAACGUAACAUGGACGAAAAUUGGACCUGGAGUGAUUACUGGCUUCAGACUGGAAUUCCAUCCCGUUGAUGAAGUGGAAUCACGAUUUUCUUUUCUUGUCCACCAAGAUGUAAACUACGCUAUUCUCACUAAUCUCGUGGAGGGUAAGACAAACAACAUUUGCGUGACUGCUGAGCUGGCUUCUCAGUCUGGAGGCUCCGUCGUGUGCAUUCAGACGUCCUUGUCACUGGUCGAGGCAUUCUCUGCUGGUCUUCCGCUUGUGGCUGGUCUGGGGUCAGCUCUGGGUGUUUGUGUCAUCAUUGCCCUGCUUACCAUAAUCUGUCUGGCGUACAGGCAAAGUAAGCCCAACUUUUUCCAGCGAAAUAGAGGUCCUGUGCCCACACCCCCUGCUAUAUCUAUAAUAAACGGUCAAAAUCUGAACACAUACACCCCAAACCCGGGAUAUGAUGAAAGGGAGAGCGAUGACAACUUCUAUGAAGAUGUGAAACAUGAAGAAUAUGAAAACACAGUGCAAGCUUGGUAUCAAGAUGAUGGAAAUUGUCUAGGCUAUGUGCAGACUGACGUUCAUAGCACGUCAGCAGGGCGUUUCCCAUCGAGGAGCAUUCCACCAAAGCGGUCCCUUGUAAAUCAGUUGACAGUGAGAACACUGAACCUGUCUAAUAACGCCAUCUCUGUAAUAUCAGCUGCCGCUUGCCUGGGGUCCGUUUACACCCUCGACCUUCGGAAUAAUCGCUUGGAGGUUUUGGGUGAUUUCCUGACCUCUAUCAAAUCUCCAGGCCCCAGAAUAAACAGUCUUUAUCUCUCUGGAAACAGACUCCACCGUGUCUCUCCGAAUGCCUUUGACGGCAUAACGAAGUAUUACUUUACACUUGAUCUGCGGGAUAACAAGCUGGUUAGUUUAGAAAAUAUCCAACCCAUUAUCGAGAAAUUCCAGUCUCUAAGACUGUCCCUAUCUGGUAACCCAUUGGCUUGUGGGUGUGAGAUUGACUGGUUAAGAAAUGAUUCAAUACGACAAAAAGUGGACUCAGUUCGCUGCCAAACUCCAAGAAGUGCCUUCAGGUAUCUAGCCUGGUGUUUUCCUCUUACUGGUUGCCAGGACACGAUGCCAAUGCGUUUCACAGCGGCAACCAGGAAGAUAUGUGAAAUGGAUUCAAACCUAGAACUUUCAAAUUUGUCAGUUACUGCAUCCAAGGGCGUUACUAACGUAACAUGGACGAAAAUUGGACCUGGAGUGAUUACUGGCUUCAGACUGGAAUUACAUUCCGUUGAUGAAGUGGAAUCACGAAAUUCUUUCCUUGUCCACCAAGAUGUAAACUACGCUACUCUCACUAAUCUCGUGGAGUGUAAGACAUACAACAUUUGCGUAACCGCUGAGCUGGCUUCUCAGUCUGGAGGCUCCACCGUGUGCAUGCAGACGUCCCUGUCAGUGUUCGAGGACACGAUGCCAAUGCGUUUCACAGCGGCAACCAGGAAGAUAUGUGAAAUAGAUUCAAACCUAGAACUUUCAAAUUUGUCAGUUACUGCAUCCAAGGGCGUUACUAACGUAACAUGGACGAAAAGUGGACCUGGAGUGAUAACUGGCUUCAGACUGGAAUUCCAUCCCGUUGAUGAAGAGGAAUCACGAAAUUCUUUCCUUGUCCACCAAGAUGUAAACUACGCUAUUCUCACUAAUCUCGUGGAGGGUAAAACAUACAACAUUUGCGUGACCGCUGAGCUGGCUUCUCCUUCUGGAGGCUCCGUCGUGUGUCUUCAAACGUCCUUGUCACUGGUCGAGGCAUUCUCUGCUGGUCUUCCGCUUGUGGCUGGUCUGGGGUCAGCUCUGGGUAUUUGUGUCAUCAUUGCCCUGCUUACCAUCAUCUGCCUGACGUGCAGGCAAAGUAAGCCCAACAUUUUCCAGCAAAAUAGAGGUCCUUUGUCCACACCCCCGGCUAUAUCUGAAAUAAACGGUCAAAAUCUGAACGCAUACACCCCAAACCCGGGAUAUGGUGAAAGGGAGAGCGAUGGCAACUUGUAUGAAGAUGUGAAACAUGAAGAAUAUGAGAACACAGGCUUCAACGCACAAUGACCACACCUAACAACUACUGACAAGAACUGAGCAUCUACCUAGCGGUUUCAGACGCCGUCAGUAUACUAUUGCUUUUGUAGAUUGGACAGGGCAUUCAAGAUCAAUGGUCGAUGUUCAGAGGUUAUAUUGUCUCUCUGACAAGGAGGUAAUUUGCAUAUGUUGUCUUCCAGGGGGAUCAUAUCAGGUAAAACGUUCACUACAACAUUUCGCACAGCCAGGAAAUUAAUCGAAGAUAUAUUCCCCAAAGGCAAGACUCUACUAAUUUGUACACCCUAUGCAUUAUCACUAUUUCCAGUUUUUAUUCGUUUUUUCUCAUGACAUCCAUGCUUCCUGACCUACUUAGUUUAACCUGGAGUUGUCUCAAAGUAGCACACCUCCGUGAAAGAAAACAGUACUCAAUAAACAUUUGGAUUUCCUUGAAACUUUAGAAGUAACGCAACUUCCCGAAUAACAAAGACAGAGACAUUUACUGUACGAUCAGGAUUUUCUCAGACUUCAUAACGCCACUUUGUUAUUUAUUUAUUUCAUUUGAUUGGUGUUUAACGAGCAAAGAACGGGGGAAACCCCAACCAUCCGCAGGUUGCUGAAACACCUUCCCACUUACGGCCAGAAGGGAAGCCAGCAUGAGCAGCUCUCCAACUCACAGCGACCGCACUGGUGAGAGGCUUCUGGAUCAUUGCUCUAACCCCCUGGGUCAUGGAGGCCCCCAUGGAGGCUUCGUGAUGACAAAGGAAGGCAAACUAUAUUUAUUAAUACUACUACAAUAUAGCAUGGGCUUGUAAAUAAGGAAUUUAGAAUAUUCUCACUCUUCCCUUAGGAGAUAGACUCCUAAUUAAAAAUCUACAAGCCUAUUAUAUAUGCAGUUUAAGAUGAUUAUUAUAAAAAAGAGUAUGUAAUUAAUGUACUUUUUGUAUUUCUACAGUUUUAUUCAUACCAGAUAGAUAUGUGUAUAAGCGUGUAUACAUACAUAAAUAUAUAGAUAUAUCUUUUAUUUUCUGGAUAUAGUGUAACUCUAUAGCUUCAAUGAAUUCCUCAGUGGUAAAAUGAAUUUCCUUUCACGUGAUUUAAGAUUUAAGAAAUCUUUCAAGAUUUCCAAGCUCUAUAAAACCAUCCGAAGAUAUUUCUCUAUCACAUUACUAUCACAAUACGUGUUACAAAGACCAUAUUGCGGCGACAAUGUCUGAUCAUAAAGCAAUAGAUGACAUUAAGGACAAUUGUCAUUUAAAUCAAGGUAUUUUAAUUAAAAUAUUGUAUUACCACCCCAUGGAAUUAUAUUAAAGCUAUAUAUGACUGUAUAGAUACAUUUACAUACAUGUAGAUACAUUUAAGUCAAUAAAAUAAUCGGUCAACUUUUAUC